CACAAGCGCAUAACUGGAGGGGCAUAUACCGAAAUCAACGUUUAUGGAAGAAUGGCGGCCUGAAGAUUAAACAAUUCACGACGAGCGAACAGAGAGACAGAGACAGAGACAGAGACAGAGAGACAGAGAGAGAGAUGCUGUUUCAGGUGGGAGGACAAGGGGCGCGGCCGACGUUCUUCGAGAUGGCAGCCGCUCAGCAGCUGCCGUCCAGCCUACGCGCCGCCCUCACCUACUCGCUUGGAGUGUUUGCUUUAAGACGUUCUUUCAUCCACAAAAUCUUGGAUUAUGAAGAUGAGUUUUUUGGAUUGCUCAUGCUUGUUCUUGAAACCCACAGUUUGCGCACUACAGAUGCGUCAUUUGCAGAAUCGUUGUAUGGCUUACGGCGAAGAGGAGUUAAAAUUAGGUUGAAGAAAACUAACUUACUUGCAGAUUCUGCUGAUGAAAUCCAUUAUACUGGUUUGCAGAAGAGUCAAAAAGUUCUCUCUGUUGUCUUUCUGGUUGUUUUACCUUAUUUGAAGUCAAAACUGCAAACAAUCUACAAUAAAGAAAGGGAAGCUACACUUCAGGCAACUCUAUGGGGAGAUAGUGAUGAAAGUUUUGAUGGUAACGACUAUGAUACAGGCAACAAUUCUUAUAGACCAAUGGGGAAUUUAAAUAUUGAAACAUCACCUCGAGCUCGUGUCAUCAAGAGGUUACAGAAGACUAUUGGUACUUUCUACCCUUGGCUACAUGCUGGAAAUGAAGGAUUAUCGUUUGCUUAUCAGCUGUUAUAUUUGUUGGAUGCCACUGGGUUUUACUCUCUAGGUUUACACGCGCUAGGCAUUCAUGUUUGUCGAGCAACCGGACAGGAGAUGAUGGAUGCAUCUUCCAGAAUCUCUAAAAUAAGAAGCCGAGAACGUGAUAGGCUCAGAGGGCCCCCUUGGCUAAAGGCGCUGCUGGGUGGUAUGCUCACCGGUGUAUAUGCUAUUCUUGACUAUGCCCAGACUGGUUUGAUUGCAGCUGUGUUUUUCUUUAAAAUGAUGGAAUGGUGGUACCAGUCUGCCGAAGAACGAAUGUCAGCCCCAACUAUAUAUCCCCCUCCACCACCACCUCCCAAGCCGAAGGUUGCAAAAGAUGGGAUCCCACUACCUCCAGAUAGGACGCUAUGUCCUUUAUGUUUGCAGAAGCGUGCAAAUCCAUCUGUAAUGGCUAUUUCAGGCUUUGUUUUCUGCUAUACGUGCAUAUUUAAAUAUACCAACCAGUACAAACGAUGCCCGGUGACGCUGAUGCCUGCAACAGUCGACCAAAUAAGGAGGCUAUUUCAUGAUGUAUAAAAGACCUCUCUUAGUCGGGAUCUUCUGCAACAACUAGUUCCUGGCAUAACCAAACGAUUAUUGGCUACAACCACCUUUGGAUCAAAAAUGUCUUGUGUCAUAACAAGGCUUCUGUAGAAUACACCGUAAAGGCGUGAUCUUGAUGGUUCUGCCGUUCCAUGAAAAUUUUAUUUGUGCACUCCCUUUGAUAUAUUAUCUUGUACUAGAUAGCUACUCAUGAGAAGUAGAUAAAUAAAAGGAAUACAUCUAAGCUUUCUGUAGCUUUGUCAAAAUGAAGUUCCAUGCUUUUUACUUCCACUAAUGAUAUACUUAUUCACUGGCUACCGCUGUAAUCUCCUCGCUGUGCCCAACCCUGGCCGGUAUGGGAUGGAGCUUUUUGACUUUUUCAACUUUGCUGCAGGACUGACUUAUUGUGGCGAGAAUCUGCCUGUCUCCUCCAUAGUUCUUCUCACUCUCCGGGGAGCUUCCACAGUUUGUGCAGUCAGGAAAUGGUCCGGCCAACCAGCUUGAAAGACUUGUAUCCACUGCUAUAACCUCAUCCAUCGAUUUCUUUACUACAGCCUGUUUGCUGUAAGCUUGAAUGACUGGUAUCCAAUGCUAUAACCUCGUCUUCCAACGAUUGCUUCACUACAGCCUGUUUGCUGUAAGUUUCUGCUGCAGACGCAUCAUGUUUUCUGGAAUCUAUAGACAGAGAGAACAGCGAGUCGGAGGAUUCCAUCUGUAUCUGUCCUGGACAACAACGAUCAUCUUCCUUUGGAUUAUCAUCUGGAGUCAUCUUCAUCUUGUCGUUUUCUUUGUCAACAAUGAGGGAAUCAUCUUUGGGAUACGGUACAAGUGCUUCCUCCUCUUUUUUCUUGUUUUUGGCAUUCCCAUUUCGAUUCUCCACAGAGUUGUGAAAAAUAUCAUCUGAUUCCUCUUCAUUCUCUGCUCUGCUACUGAUUAAAUGAAAUGUAGAUUAGAAUGUGUGUGUGUGUGUGAGAGAGAGAGAGAGAGAAGGUUGUGAGGUAGAAAGUGUGCAGGGGGUAUGUAUAAUCUUACUAGUGGGAUUGGGAUUGUGCAACAAAUUGUAGAAGGCUAGCUAUCUCUUCUUCUUUGAGAGCGAUUGGCACUGGUACUGAUUCUGGUUGUUGAGGAGGCUAAAUAAAAUAAAACAAGAAAGAAAAAGUAAAUGGGAGUGAAGAUAAAAAGCGAAAGAAAGAAGGAAUUAGGGAAAGUAGUAGUAGUGAUUAAGAAUAAAAAGCAAGUGGACCUGGUGUUUGUGGUUCUUGAUCUUCUUGCGAUGCCCGAAACAGGUUGCACGAAAGCAUCUUCUCAUCUUAGUUAGUAGUAGACUCACUGACACACAAUUCUUGGAGAUAGGUGAUGAUGAUAGGAGAAUAUGGAGAUGGUGAUAUGGUGAUGAGAGAGAGAGAGAGAGAGAGAGAGAUUCUUUGGGAGGGGAGGGGAGGUGUAUUUGAAAUACUGACCGUUGCGAUGGGGACGAUUAUCUCUCUCUCCAUUCAAUUUAUUAGAUGAGGUGAGACCCUCCCCCCUCUGCACAUGAUUACGAUUAUGAUUUAUUAUUAUUCUCUGUUUGCAUUUAAUUUAAAUUUGCAUUUUUUUUCCCUAGAUUGGGCCCAAAUGAACAUUGAUAUAAUGUAUGGGGUCCAAAAUAAAUUACCUUUCAAAAGUAACAAACAAAUAAAUGCCUAUUUGAAUUUAUGUGAUUUUUUUAUGAUGCA